AUGACUGACAGCCAAUAUUGAGAGAUGUCAACAACACGGAAAUAGGAGUUCAUUUUCAUCUCGGAGGUAGAUGAUACAACUUAGGGAUCACCCAGAAGCAGAUCCCCUGGAUAGACCAGUAGCUUUCGCAGUUCUUUAGCACCACGACCUUGUGUGACACUUAAAGAUACGAAGUUCCUUGCAGUGGUUCUUUCGUCCAAAUUAUCGGAGCCGAGUCCGUUUUUACGACUGCUGGUUUUUCCCGUCUUGUCGUGUUGCUGCUUCUCUCCUGGGCGUUCGGUGCUCUGUGGUGCGUGAUGACGUGGUGACUCGCGUGUGUUUGGCAAGGAGAUUUGGAGCUUUCUCCACACGACUAGUUGUAGAGCUUCACAUCUACUACUACUAGGGAGGAGUUUUAUCUUCUUCGUUGGCGGGACAAGGUAUCAUUUUGUUUUGGAUACUACAACUUCUAUUACGCACUUUUACGUAGUGACUGAACGCGGCUUUGGGAUACGAAGUCGAAAUCAUGCUGCGUUCCUCGAUUGCCUUCGCUUUGGUAUCAUCGGCCGUGGCAGUCGAUGUGGCGAGAAAGCACCACAAGAAGCACCACCAUCACAAGAAGCACCACAAGAAGGCAGGGGCAGUGAAAGCUGUGGGAUUGGUAUUAUGAAGAUGGAGAUGUUAUUAGUAUAAGUGCGGGAAAUGUAUCAUCCCGCCGAUGGCUGAGUAUAGUCGUUUGGGAAGCAGUAUGAUGAUGAGACAAGAACGCUACAGUUACAGCUUUUUAGUGUUUAGAAUGAACACUCGUUGGAGCAGCUGAUACUGAAAAACGUUUGAUGGAUUCUUUCUUAUUUCUCUGAUGAUCAUGAUCCCCCCAUCUUCCCAACUUAACAGGGCGUAAAGCAAGCCCCGGCUGCGAAGCCAGAUGCUAAGGCCCCGCCUGCUCCGGACGCUAAAGCAGCAGCAAAGCCAAAGCCGGAGCCUCCAGCCGCUGUUCCAUCUGCUGAGGAAGCUAUCAUGGGAAAGAUGAAACAGUUGGAGGGUACCGAAGUGGCUAUCAUUAGGAGUCAUACAUUCGAAUCUUCAUCUGUUUCAACACCACCAUCGAGGAGAACGCUGUCGAUCACGAUCAGCGACAUGUUUUUUUCAUCUAAUCAGCGACAGGUUUUUUCAUCUAGUAAGCAACCACGACUAAGUAGACCACAUCCUUGCUCAAUCCAACGACCCUUCCUCUCCACAACACUAGAUAAGCUCCAGCAAAGCGGCUCGCAUGACGUUGCCAACACGGUGACCGCAACAGGCAAAUUAGACGUGAAUGGACCCUUGCCGGCUGAUUUCAAUGCCUUAUUUGCGCAAUCCGUAGCGAAGGCAACGUCUACUGUGGGAAUCACGUGCCCAGCAGGUGAGAUCAAGGUCAUCGAGACCAAUGUCUUGCAGACGUUCCUGCAAUUGGCAUCAAAGACAAAAAGCGUCUUGGUGGAGUUGGUGUUUCAAUUAGGAAAGGUGAAAUUCAAAUUGGUGUUUCAAUCAGGAAAGGUGAAAUUCAAAUUUUUUGUUAGUCAAAUUUUUUGUUAGUGUUUCAGUUAGUCAAGGAGCAGUCUACGGAAACACUACUCGGUUUCGACCGUGAUCAGUGGCAGACUGAAACCCUACGGUCGUCACGAAAGGCGAUAUCAGGGCAACAAACAUGACUACGCACAACUGUUUUGAUGAAAUCUAGGUGAAUGUCAAGAAGGGCUCCAGUCGACUAAAAACAUGAUCGUCUUCAGCAUAGAAAAGCUCUAAAUUGCGCCCCAGCAGUGUGCGUGAAUGCAGUGCAGCAACAGGCAGGCAGUGCGGAUUCGCCUUUGGUGAGGGAUACGCCUAUGUACUCCUUCUUGGUUGCGAAGGAGGACCCAGCAGAAGAGGCAUCGGAACCGCCGAAGAAGGUAAUGUUUAAACGACUAUUAUCUAUGCUACGCAUGCUUGUCGGAUUAUGUCUGUCAUACCGAUGUGGUCUUUUCUCAUCCCAGAGGCAGAUACCUCAAAGAUUUUUUUUACUGUCUACAAGUGCGCCACCGCGUGACUUGAAUCGGGGAGAUGGCCCGAACCUACAAGCAAAUUCGAAGAACAGGGACGUGGCCUGCAUACCAGUCUUUCCACCUAGUCUUUCCACCUAGUCUUCCCAAAAUAGGACCUAGUCUUUCCACCUAGUCUUUCCUCAAAGAACAAAGCGACAGGAGUCUUUCCACCUUUUUUUCCCAAAAUAGGACGACGUCGGCGUCGAUAUCGAUACGGAGAUGCCGUAUGGUGAAUUGGAACCGUUUGGGCGCGAAGACACUGCCCAAGAGUUGACGGAGAGUAGUAUCAAGGAGUCGAACGCGAUGGUCGACCAAAUUGAGCGAGCACAAGUGGCAGAGGAAAAGCGAUCGGUAUUUUUGCUAAGGAUUUAAUUAUAUUCGCAAGGUUAAGGUUUGUUUGACUUUGUGAUGUUGGAGAAUUUGUACGUCGAUUGCAGGAAACAAGGUUGGAGGAAGGUUCGAAAGAAUAUUUUCAGAACUCAUAUCGUCAACCACUCAUUCACCCAACAAACCACCCACAACAACAAUCUCGCACCCCAUCCACCCCAACCUUCACCUCCAAGGUCUUCCGCGCCCUAACCCGCUUGCGUGGUGCCGCAAUCACGAGUUUUGAUGGCGUCGCACGAUCCCAGACCGGCAACAUCGAUGAGUAUAACAAGGUGCACAAGUGGCGCAAGACGCACCCACUCCACCAUUUGGCGGCUGAGGAAUCCGAUGUCACCAAGUGGGCCUUCCCGGCUACCUCGGAUUGAGGAGGUGCUCGGACUAAGUACUUAGGUGCUUCUACUUAAAUGUAGAUAGAAAGGAGGAAGAAGAACAAGAACAAGAAGCUUUUUGCUUCUCUUAUAACUGACUUCCAGGGGAGGUGGCUAGAAGUAGAUCGAUGUAGUUGUUUUGUUUCAAUGAUUACGAAAUGAUGCUCUGAUGAAAAUGUUCUGAAUUGUGCAUGUUUGUUUUUUCCCUCUGAAUAAGCGAUCUGACUGUACAGACCUUUUUUCCAUCCUACGAACGAAGACCAGACAACAGUUUCUUCGGCAUUCCAGAUACGACAUGUUAAGACGAAGAUGACAGGAAGAAAGACGCAGCACCAAAGCUGCGCGGAAGUGCGACUGAGAAGUUGUCCUGUUGCAAAAGUACCGCCUCCACAAGGUGUGGAUGUGCGAUUUCUGCCAGAGGAAUGGAGAAAAAUAUCCCAAGUUCAGAGGAGAAUAGGAAGAAGUCUGUAUGAG